AAGACUACGGGAUAGAUGAAUUACGUGCAAAUUGGCUUUUACAUACCUGUGAUAUUAAUAUUCUAAAGGUCGCAACGCCUUCUCUUUUAUACAAAACAACCGCACUGACCAAUUGAACCUAUGACAUUUAAUCCUCAAAACUGUUUCUUAAGCGUCUGAGCUUUGCUGCUGUUGUUAUCUCGCUUAUAGCGUGAUAUCUUGGCGGAUGCCUGAUAAACACUUAUCAGGUUAUAUUUGUGCUACUUGCUAGCUCCAGAUGUAAAUUGGUUAUUUCGUGUGUUCCAGAGUGCAUAGACCAGCUAUUAUUAGCUGUUCUGAAAGCUAGUUUUGCCAAGAGUGAUAGGCGUUGCUUUCCUUCUGUCUGAAGGGAAUUUUUUCCAGUCGUUUUCCUGUCGGUAGGAAUAUUACAUAAUGUGGCGGUAAGCUGUUGAUGUAGGUUAAUUCGAGGCUGUCUUUUAAAAGAAAAAUAUAUACCUGUCUCGUACGACAACACAACAUUUGUGCGGCAUUAGUCCUCCGCAAUGGGAGUUAGCAGGACAUACAUUAGCAUAGGAUAUGCUACGUUUGGUACUCUGGUUGGACUUUCGGCUUUCUUGGUCUGGAAUAUCGCUUAUAAACAGCCAUGGACGGCGGCAAUGGGAGGCCUGUCAGGAGUGCUAGCACUGUGGGCUCUCGUCACGCACAUCAUGUACCUGCAGGAUUACUGGCGGACCUGGCUCAAGGGCCUCAAGUUCUUCAUCGCUGUUGGCGUGGUCUUCUCGGUUUUGGCUGUGACUGCCUUCAUUAUCUUUCUGACCCUGGCCAUCACACAGAAGCAAUCACUUUCUGAUCCAAGGAGUCUCUACCUGUCCUGUGUGUGGAGCUUCAUGACCCUCAAAUGGUCUUUCCUCUUGGCCUUGUACUCCUACAGAUACCGUCAAGAGUUUGCAGACAUCAGCAUCCUCAGCGAUUUCUAGUCAGUUCUGAUUUUAUAAACUGAACUUUGAGGGAUUAUAGGCUGGCAGCGAGGGCUGGUCGACAAGCUUUGUAACAAAGAGGACGAAAAGCAGACAUGGCUGCAUUUGAAGUCAUCUGAAUUUCAGCACAUGGAGCUUUACUUGUUGCACUGGCUCAGCAAGCUCUUUCUUUAUAUUACAACCUGUUCUACAUAAUCACAUGUUACAGUCCUGUGUGAAGGUAAAAGUUGAAAGCUCUGAAGACUGGAACUACUUAGAAUGAAUCACUCAUGGCCAUUUUAUGAAGAAAGAAGCAGGUAGUUUUUCAGACAGAUUUUUAUGGAGUUUUUAACUGUAGGACAACAAAUAUUACGUAAAAGAAAAUUCCCCACAAUAAUGAUGUUUUAAUGUCAUUAAUAGUUAAAAUAAAAGUUAAUACACUCAAAGCAAAAAAAAAUUCUGAAUCAAAACAGAAACAUUAUCCCAGAAACCACAAUAACAUUAAGCAAACAGUGUUGAGAAUGCAUGAUCUAGCAUCUCCAAGCAACAAAAUACACAACUAAUGUCUGAAACACCUCAUCAGAGGAUGUCACACUACCAGAACUUUGGUGCACUGGUACCAUUUAAAAUUCUAUGAACUUUCAUACCAAAAAAAAAAAGAAUGAAUGAAACGUAUUUAUAUUAAAAAUCCUGCUGCAUAAGUAGCGUUCUAACACUCAGUGUAUUUUUGCAUUAGCAUAAUAUCAUGGGCACAACCUUGCUUACUGUUAAGCUAACACUACUUUAGCUUAAACAAAAAAAAAGCAUCGUAAUCAAGUUAGCAUUAGCCUUUGUGAAUGUCUGUGGAGCCUUGCUACAACACAUCCAGCUCUUGCAAUUCAUUAACGUUACAGUACAUUUCUGCAUGUGAACAUUUUGACAUUAACAUGAAGUAAACGGCUGUGACUCACUUUCAGUUUAUUAGGGAUGAAGAUGCUGCUUUGUGAGCUCCUUAGAUAAGUUUCAGAUGUUUCUUCCUUUUGCUCAACAAUGUGUAGAAAUACGUUUCCCUGAUCAAACACACAUGUUGAUGUGCAUAUUAAAGUGGACCUGAUGCUGCAGCUGCUCCACAUGUUUUGGCCUUGAUCUCUAACUUCCACAGUACCCUCUGUAUGUGUGACAUCCCCAUCUCCAUCACAUUAUCGUUAUUACUAAGAUUUUUUUUAAGUUCAUUAUCAGUCUUGCACACUGAUUGAAAACUUUCUUUAAGACGGAUUUUUAAUGUAAUAUGAUAGGAUUUUUUUUUACUUUUAUUGAAAGAAUGGAGACAUGUCUGUCACGCUCGAUGGAAAAUAUUCUCAAAGAUAAUGUGCUUUUCAUAUUUAGUUUAGCUAGGAGGAGACUUCCUUCUCUGUAAAGAGUCUUUCUUCUGACAUUCCUCUUUUAGAAAAAACACCAAUGGAUGAAUAGUUGCACUUUAGUCUUUGACAUUGAUGCCCUUGUUUUGCACAGUUUCUGAUCCAAAAUUAUAUUUUGCUGAGUUAUUUCUGUCUUACCCUUUUAUGCUUGGAAGAAACCAUUUAAACCUGUCAUUUAUUUUCCUGUUGGUUGAAUUGUGCAGGUCAGGUUAAAUUAGGCUUUGUCUCUGGUCUUUGUUCCAGUUGUACUUUAUGUCUACCUUCGACCAGAAAAUGUGUAAAAUUGUAUUUUUGUCACUGAGAGAAUGAAUGUGUGGAAGCUACAUGUAUAUAGAAACUGAAACCAUUAAAGAGGCUUUUAUUGUUAA